AACUACUGACACCCCUCCAAUCCACGUGGACGCUUCCUCGGCGCCACUCGUCCUUAGAGAAGGCACGCUGCUCGCGCAGGACACUGGCGGUGACCGGAACUUUUGACAGCAACUACACAACGAGGAGAGAGGAAGAAAGGUCCAAGCAAAACCCAGAGACCGAGAACCCCAGCGCCCUGCGGUCUCCUUGUCUCCUUCCAUAUAUAUACGCCCUGAGAGAGAAGGAAGAGAAGAGGACGCCUAGCUCUCUGCCUUCUCUCGAUUGUGUAGUAGAGGCUGCUUUUGCUGUCGUCGUCGUCGUCGCCGGCCAUCGAGCGAGCGAGCGAGAUAUGCAGCAGCAUCUCAUGCAGAUGCAGCCGAUGAUGGCUGCAUAUGCGUCCCCCAACCAAGUCACCACAGAUAUCAUCCAGCAGUACUUGGAUGAGAAUAAGCAGUUGAUUCUAGCGAUUCUGGACAACCAAAGUGCUGGAAAAGCUGAUGAAUGUGCUGAGAACCAAGCUAAACUUCAAAGGAAUUUGAUGUACCUUGCGGCGAUUGCAGAUAGUCAACAACAAGCGCCGACGAUUGCUCAGUUUCCCCCCAAUACUGUCAUGCAAUCGGGCCCUCGUUACAUGCAACACCCACAAGCUCAGCAGAUGACUCCUCAAUCUCUCAUGGCGGCUCGAUCCUCCAUGCUAUACGGUCAGUCACCAAUCUCCACUCUGCAGCAGCAGCAGCAGCAAGUGGCACUGCAUAGCCAGCUCGGCGUGAGCUCUGGUGGCUGCAGCAGUGGAUUCAACAUGCUUCACGGAGAGUCUGGCAUUGGAUCUAACACACUGGCUGGCGGUGUGUUUUCUGAUUUCGGCCGUGGCAGUUCAAUGAAGCAAGACGCCAGCAAUGCAUUAUCCAACGAAGGACGCGGAAGCAACAACUCCGGAAGACAAAGUGGAGACGGCACAGAAACUGUUUACAUGAAGGGAUCAGAGGAGGAAGGGAACUAGGGAGUUACUGAUGAUAUGGAAUGCCUUUCUGCCAACUUUUUUUUUUCCUUUAACAAAUGUGGACUUUUAUGAAUGCCAUCUCUAUAUGUUUGGGUUCUUGUGGUGGUGGUGGUGGUGGUGGUGGUGAUGGCAUUGGGAUGUGAUGUUGAUGAUGAGGUGAAUCCUCGCCAGUGUGUUCAGUUUGUUCCAUGAUCAGAUCAGAUGUAUUAUUAUUAUCAGUAUGCUGAAGAACUUAAUGUUAAGCUCUGAAGACCUUAUGCUCAGUUAACUUGUGAUCUCUCAUGCCAAA